AUGGAGCUGCUCGGCGGGCCUCAGCGUCUCCGGUACCUCCUGGGGCUGCUGCUGCUGCAGCUGUUGCUGGCUGUGUGUUUAUUCUCCUACUUGCGCGUGGCCAAUGAGAGCCCCAGCAGGUUCCCGCCACCAGCUCCAGGCACCAUCUCCCCCAAUGCCUCCAGCCGCCGGCCCCUGGUGAUCCUGCUGUGGACCUGGCCUUUCAACCACCCUGUGAAACUGAUCCGCUGCUCGGACCUGCGGCCCAGCGCAGAUGACUGCAAAUUCACCGCCAACCGCAGCGAGUACCAGCGGGCGGACGCCGUCAUCGUGCACCACCGGGAUGUUAGCGCGCAGCCCCGAAAGCAGCUUCCGCAGUCCCCGCGGCCAGCCGGGCAGCGCUGGGUCUGGUUCAGCCUCGAGUCCCCCAGCCACUGCAGGAACAUGCAGGCCCUGGACGGCUACUUUAACUUGACCAUGUCCUACCGUAGCGACUCGGACAUCUUCACACCCUACGGCUGGCUCGAACCCUGGCCGGACGCCCCUGCCGUCGUGGAGCAGGUCAACCUGUCAGCCAAGACGGAGCUGGUGGCCUGGGCGGUGUCCAACUGGCGGCCGAAGUCGGCCAGGGUGAAAUACUACCAGGAACUUCGCGACCACCUCUCCGUGCACGUGUUUGGCAUUGGCCACCAGUCAUUGCCCCGGGCCUCCAUGAUGGAGACCCUGAGCCGUUACAAGUUCUAUCUGGCCUUUGAGAAUUCCCAGCAUCCUGACUACAUCACCGAGAAAGUGUGGAACAAUGCACUGCUGGCCGGGGCCGUGCCCGUGGUGCUGGGCCCCAGCCGGAGCAACUACGAGCGCUUCCUGCCAGCCGACGCCUUCAUUCACGUCGAUGACUUCGCCAGCCCCAAGGAGCUGGCCCAGCACCUGCAGGCCCUGGACCGGGACCCUGCCCGCUACCUGAGCUACUUCCGUUGGCGGGAGACGAUGAGGCCCGGCAUAGGGAGCUGGGCCCUGGACUUCUGCAAGGCCUGCUGGCACCUGCAGCAAGAAAGCAGAUACCAGGUGGUGCCCAGUAUUGCUGCCUGGUUCACUUGA